CAGAGGAGCCGCUCUCUGAUGUUAUGUCCUCUCGGUGCCUGUAGUGGUGCUAUAGGAGGCUGCUGGCUCUCUUCUUGAGCAGCCCCAGCAGCCCUGCCUUCUUUGCUGGAGAAUAUAUUCAGGGAUUCCCCUUAAUAAUCACCUACCCUCUGAGCACUUUGUAGUUUUAAAAUAAUAAAAGAGCCCCCAAAGCUUCCUCCCCACAAAAAGCAGGAUCUUCUCAGAGACAGGGGGGCAGCAGCUCCUCAGCACAGAGCCCGAGCACAUUCCCAGUCCCUCUGCUGGGGAGGAAACUCUGAUCUGUCAGCCCAACAGAGGGAAAGGGGGGAGAGGAGAGAGAGGAGGGAAAAAAAAGCAGCUGGAAAGGGAAAAGAACGUCUGGUAGUUGUGAAGUGAGUGCACUGGAAGACCCACCAACGCGCUUCACCCCGCACAGACAAUCUGCUUCAUCUUGGUUCAUCAUCAUUCCAGGAUAGUGGUGUCCUUGGGGCUCUCUCUUAACAUUGACAUGGUACAGAAGAUUUAAAAUCAGCUGAUGUUCACAAGGAAUAGAGUCACGUGAUGUAUGAAGGCAAACACAUACACUUCUCUGAGGUUGACAAUAAGCCCUUGUGCUCAUAUAGCCCCAAACUGUGCAAGCAGAGGCGACUUAACGGCUACGCCUUCUGUAUCAGACACGUUCUGGAGGACAAGACUGCCCCCUUCAAGCAAUGUGAAUAUGUGGCCAAGUAUAACAGCCAACGCUGCACCAACCCCAUCCCCAAGUCUGAGGACCGUAGGUACUGCAACAGCCACCUGCAGGUACUUGGCUUUAUACCGAAAAAGGAGAGGAAGAAAAAGAAUGAUCCCAUAGAGGAGGUAAAGGUCAGGCAUCAGAUGGAUGCUAUGGCCUUCAGUCUGACAGUGCCCACCCUGGCCUUGAAGAUGCCCAAUGGACUGGAUGGGAUGUCCCUCUCCCCUCCAGGGGCAAGGCUUCCUCUCCACUACCUGGAGGCAGAAUUAGAAGACCCCUUUGCUUUCAAUGAGGAGGAUGAUGACCUAAAGAAAGGGGCAACAGUGAAGAAAAAGUUGCAGAGCAAGUUGGCUCAAAACCGGCAGCGCCAGAGAGAGACAGAGAUUUUAAAAGUUCGCCAAGAGCACUUUAGCCCCAUUCCUGCACCUUUGCAGCAGCAGCCUCUGCAGCAGCAGCACUCCCAUCUGCCACCUUCAUCAGCUUCGUUAAAGCCGACAGGGCUACCGCAGGGCAUAGUCUGCAAGUCACCUCAACCUCUGAACACCAGCCUACCAAUGCAGGGAGUGGCACCCACCACACACACUAUAGCACAAGCGCGGCAGUUGUCUAACAAGAGACCUCUGCCUCUCCUGCCACCCGCCAGGGCUCCUGUCACGGACCCGCCAAGGACUGACCGGGUCCUCAUGAAAGCCACAGCCUUCUCUCCGCACUCGUCCUGCAUGAGCCGGCUACAGAGACUGGUGAAACUGUGCACUCGAAAACAGCAGCUGGACACUGAUCUGUUUCCUCAUUUAGGGCUGGAUUGGUCUGAAGACAGUGGAGAAGAGUUGGAGGAUUCAGAGCAAACCUCCCCGUACCAGGUUGCGUGGUCUAUCCGAGAAAGCCUCGGCUAUGAGAGACCUGAGUCUGAUGAUGACAAUGCAGAUGACAGGAGUUCCAGGGUGACCAGACUUUGCACUUACUUUCAGCAGAAAUACAAGCACCUCUGCCGCCUGGAGCGGGCAGAAUCUCGCCAGAAGAAAUGCCGGCACACGCUCCGGAAAGCCUUGCUGCAGGCGGCCAGCAGAGAGCCGGAGCGCGCAGGGCAGCUCAUGCAAGAACUCCGGAGAGCUACAUGUGCUUGUACCAGCACAAGCCAAGCAAGGCAGAGAGAUGGCGAACCAACAAUCUGCAGUGGAACUUCGAAGGGAGAGCAGUGCACUAACAAGGCCCUUCCAUUCACCAGGCACUGUUUUCAGCAUAUCUUAUUGAACCGUUCUCAGCAGCUCUUCUCGAGUUGCACAGCCAAGUUUGCAGAUGGUCAACAGUGCUCUGUGCCAGUUUUUGACAUUACACAUCAGACACCUCUGUGCGAAGAACAUGCCAAAAAAAUGGAUAAUUUCUUGAGAGGGGACAGCUCCCGUAAAGUUCAGCACCAGCAGCAGAGGAAACCCAGGAAAAAAACAAAGCCGCCUGCACUUACCAAAAAACACAAGAAGAAGAGAAGGCGAGGCCCACGCCGGCCCCAGAAACCCAUUCCUCCUGCAGUGCCCCAAGGGAACCUCACCAUGCCUGCCAGUGUCUCACUGCCAGUAGAGAUACCCCACAUACGGAGCCCCUCCACACCCGAGCUCAGUGCUGAUGAGCUGCCUGAUGAUAUCGCCAAUGAAAUCACAGACAUUCCACAUGACUUGGAAUUGAAUCAGGAGGACUUCUCUGAUGUCCUGCCGCGGCUGCCCGAUGACUUGCAAGAUUUUGAUUUCUUUGAAGGUAAAAAUGGAGAUCUUCUUCCGACCACAGAAGAGGCUGAAGAACUGGAACGGGCCCUACAGGCUGUAACUUCUCUUGAGUGCCUGAGUACCAUUGGAGUACUUACACAGACAGAUGGUGUGCCAGUUCAGGAGCUGUCAGAUAGAGCGAUAGGGGUGUUCUCUACAGGUGCUGGAGCUCCGGGAAUGCAGUCCUUGAGUCGAGAGGUUAACACGGAUCUGGGGGAGCUGUUGAAUGGGCGUAUAGUACAUGAUAAUUUCUCCGGUCUGGAGCUGGAUGAGAACUUGCUCCGUUCUGCUACCUUGUCCAACCCACCUACGCCCCUGGCAGGGCAGAUCCAGGGGCAGUUCUCAGCCCCAGCCAACGUUGGCCUUACUUCUGCCACUCUGAUAAGCCAGAGUGGCCUUGGGGAGAGAGCCUUCCCGGGACAGUUUCAUGGACUUCAUGAUGGCAGCCAUGCCUCCCAGAGGCCCCACCCUGCCCAGCUGCUGAGCAAGGCAGAUGACCUGAUCACCUCACGACAGCAAUACAGCAGUGACCAUUCACACUCCUCACCCCAUGGAAGCCAUUAUGAUAGUGAGCAUGUGCCGUCUCCCUACAGUGACCAUAUCACAUCCCCUCACACCACAUCCUUUUCUGGUGAUAACCUGGCAGCUACCUUCUCAGCAGAGAUGCCCAUGAUGGCACAGCACUUGCUCCCAACUCAGCUGGAUGUGCCACUUAGUGGGGUGGUCAACCCCAGAACUCACUGGGGAAAUCUUCCUGUCAAUCUUGGGGACCCCUCUCCGUUUAGCAACCUUCUUGGUGCAGAUGGACACCUCCUGUCCACCUCCCUGUCCACACCACCUACCACCUCGCACUCAGAGACCACACAGCCUGCCUUCGCCACUGUGACCCCCAACAGCUCCAGUGUGCUUCCGGGGUUACCGCAGACCAGUUUCAGUGGCAUGGGUCCUGCCUCUGCUGAACUCAUGGGCUCCACCUCCCCUAAACAACAGCUCCCUCAGUUCAGCGCAGCCUUUGGGCACCAGCUGAGCUCUCACAGUGGCAUUCCCAAGGACCUGCAGCCCAGCCACAGCUCCAUAGCUCCUCCCACGGGCUUCGCAGUGACCGGUGCCACCGCUACCAGUACCAAUAACGCAUCCGCGCCCUUCACCACCUCCAACUGAGCUUGUCUGCCUGGCUCCCUGCAGGUAGCAUCUGGCAUGGAAAACUUGGCUGCACACAUUGAUUUGAGAAUGGUGCACUGAAGUCCUAAAUCAAGAUCAUGAUUCAAGGAUGAGUUUGGCAGUUUCUUGAAAUAGUCUCUUGACCUCCUCUGUGUGCGUGUGUCCGUUUGGGGUGCAGGGAGCAGCAAUUCCUUUUCUUCUUUUGGUGAAGAAGUGGGAGUUGUCCCCUUCCAGAACUGGUCACUGUUCUUACUGCAUGCUGAUUUUUGGUUUUUUUUAUUAUCAUGAUUUUUAGUUCAUUGAGUAGCAAAGGGAUCAGUUGUCUGGUUGCCCAUAGAUUUGAAGACUGAUAUGAAGUUAGCCCAGGAAAAAAAAAAAAGAAGGAUAAACAGAAGGAUUGAAAUAUAGAUCAUGGAUUAGUGAAGAUUCCUGUGAGAAAUUCCCUUCCUUGCUGAAUUACUGUGGCCUUGUAGCAUUGAUGAUUUGCCUUUUCAAGUGUGUCUUUGUCCAGAACUCUUUGCCUGACAGACUGACAGGAAUUUCCCAGCUGAAACAGGAAGAAUUAGGUUGGUUUUCUGCCCAUCCACACAAGUCUAGGUCAGAUCCAUUGCAAGUUUCAAAUGGAUGCAUUUCUCACAAUAUGUUUAACUAGUGAGACUUUCUUGGAUAGUUUUUAAUUCCCUGGGAGCCAUAUAGUUUUUUCAACACUUGUAGGGUUUGAUGCUCUGUUUGGGAAGUGGAAUGUAUGUAAGGAACUAGCAGGUACCUAUCAGCAGUCAUGGCUAGCCAAAAGAGAAAUCACUAAAGCAAAAUGGGUGAGAAUUCCUUCUGUCUGCAGGAUGGUUUUGUUUGUACUGAUCACCUGCUAACGAUAGUAUUCACUCUUUGGUAGUAGUUCCAGUUCCUAAAGAAAGGAGUCAGCUAGGUUUUAGAUUUUUAAAAAUAAUUAUUAUUUUUUAAUAAUUUGUUUUUUAAACCAAGAGGUUAUAGCAGCAGAAAUUCUGAGGUGUCUACUUGCAUCUCCUUAUCAAGAAGGAAUUUGCUUAUGACUCUAUAGGGCUCACACUUGCUACUGUACUCUGACUUUGACUGUAAAAGUAGCUCCUGUUUAAUAUAAGUCUCUACUCUUCUUGGUUUGUUUCAGAGAUGCAGAUGAGAGAAAAUAGAAAAUUCUACAUUUCAGUCUUGUACUGUAGAUGAUGGAUUUUAUUCUACCUUACAGUAAAAAGUCCUACCUGCGUGUAUUCUGGUCUAUUUCAGGAAUUUAAGAGAACCAAGCACAUGUAAUAGGGAGGCCUAAUAAACUUUAUGAGCAAAGGAUCACUGAAUGGAAUUUAGUUGCUAUAGAAAUUCAUUUCGUUAGCAGUCAGGCACACACCAAUCCUCUCCUUCCAUCUUCCUAAGAAACAGAGUUUAAAUGGGAUAGGUCUUGUGUCUUUUUACUAUUGUAGCAAUCACACUAUUCCUCUUUUCUUGACUGAUCUGUCCUCUUUAAAUAUAAAGGAGUAUGGAUAAUGCAUAUGUCCUUUUCUGAAAUUGCAAGUGUAUGUGGGUGGAAGAAACAAAAAUUAUUUUCAUGCUUCUGUUGUUAUGAAGUCAUUAUUUCAUACAUGGUAAAAUAGAUCUUAAUAAUAUAAGCCGAAUAUUUUUAAGUGGUGAUUUAAAUAUGUUUGUAACACUUAAAUGUUUUUAAAUCACAUAAAAAGUUUAAUUGAAGCCUAUGAAAUCCUGCUUGUGAUUGUCCUGCUGAUUGAGGAAUGCCCAGUGAUAUUGUGAAUGAGGCAAAUCUGACAAGGCUUUUAUUUAUUUUUGUAUUAUGUUACCCAUACUUUGUUGAGGAGGCAACUGUUUGAUUUGCAGAUGAUUUUCGUUGUGUUCAUAUACCUUCUUCGAUAUGCUGGGAUGUCUGACUGAAAAAGAGUGGAGAACUAGUAUACCAAAUGGUUAAUUCUUUAAUCUGCUUGUGUAUUCAUGUAAUUUUAGAGGGUGUUAAUUUCUGUGUAUUGGUUUCAGGGCUUUGGUCUUGAAAUGCUUCUUGUGCCCAUCAAACUUCUAAUGAAGCUGCAGCUAGUGCAGAGUAUAUUUGCCCCACAUCAUAUUUCUCUUUCUUGGCAAAUGCUGGGGGGAAGAGAGGAUAGGAACUGAGAGCCAAGUUCUGCUUGGUUGCGUUGGUAUAAAUUACAGAGGAGCUUUCCGGUCUAAGGUCACGGUGAGUUUGUACUGGUCUAACUCAGAACAGAAUCCAGCUCCUAAUCUGUGCAUUGAUUUAGACAGGGAAUUUCAAAAGCUGUCAGAGCUAUGCAGGUCCAUGAUUCCCAUUUGAAAUCAAUGGCCUUUAUGUACCUGCGUUUCUUUGAAGUAGCUUAGGAUAUCAAGUCCCUUCCCCCACCGAGGUUGCAAUUUUUGUAUCGCUUGAUGACUCUUCCCUGAAAAGUGACUGCGUAACAUUUUUCAAUGAGCAAACUAAGUUUGCAAUAAAGCUGCACUUUCAAAAAUAAACUUCAGUUUGUAUACAGCUGAAAUAGGAAUCCCUCUGUCCUGUCUGCCACAGUGUUCUAAAACGGGCCACCACUCUUGCCUUUUCCUGGUUCACCUCUCAUUUUUUCACUGCCACCAAUUUCAUGGUUACAUGGCUACCAAGCAGUUACGGGUCUUGAUCUUAGCUUUACAAGGUAGAUCAUUCCAGGUGGGUUUCUACACCCGCACAACCUGUUGACUUCAGUGCAUCAGUGUCUUACUGUUGGAUGCGAGAGAUCCAGUUGAGAGGUGGGUGUAGUCAGAGAAACGUCACACCUCUUCCUCUGGGAAAUACUGCUGGCCUGGUUAAGGUAGUCCUUGAGGCUGUUAUUUAUGUGGUUCCUGAGUAGAAUCCAUGCUCCCUCACAAAUGUUUUUGAGUAUCAGCUCUUACAGCAGUUAGCACUCUUCACCAGCCCUUCACCAAAGAGCCAGUGUAGCAAUUUCAGAUGCUCAAUACCUGUUGUGCCCAUUAUGUGUUGAGAAAUGGAAUAAGGCUAGUUGAACCUAAAAGUUAAUUUCUUUACAUAAGAUUGGAGUUUUAAAGAAUGAAAAAAAUUAGACAUCGAAUAGAAUAUCAUCUACAUAAUUUUGGCAAUAAUAGCACCUCAGUCUCUGUACAAAAGUACUUAACACAAGAUAAAUUUUGAUAGUGUAGAGGCUUAUCAGGAAUAGCUUCAUGCUCUCCUGGUGUGUAUGACGUUUCGUUUCACCUAGGAAGACUUUACACCAGCUUUGAGGGGAACCAUAUGUACUUAGAUACCUCAAAGUUGAUUUGUUCUUUGGCUUCAUAAUUAUGAUACAGGAAAAGACGCAUCAUUUUGUCUCCUCCUGCUUUCCAGUUCCUCCAGGUUCUUGCUUAGAUCCCUUCUCAUUAGUAGCAUGCUUCUCUCUAUGGUUGAGCAUAAAGGCUUUAAAUUGGUAAUGCUGAGAGGUAGCACAGUUGCAGGUCUGCCUCAGGCACUGUGGAGAAAAUGGCAACAGCUAGAUUUCCAACUGAAAAUGGGGAUUUGCAGUUCUCAUUUUGAAAGCACUGAAAGCCCUGAGAAGCUUAUUGCCUGCUAGGCAAAAAUCAGAGAAAAUAAAUUGUCAAAGGGGAAUUGUACCUAAUAGCAAAGAGAAGCCAAGGGAAGUGGCUUUUUAUUUUAUUUUUUUUAUAAAAGGAAGAUGAGUAUUGAAAAAUUAGGAUAUUCUGUUGUGAGCUGCUGCUGGCUUUAGGGCAUGGCCAAGACGAAAGACCUAGGAUUGAACCUGCAAGCCAGUAGCCAAAUUCAGUUUGAAGCUUUGUUUUGCUGUAACCACAUCUAAAUACAGUCUGGGAUUGAAUCUACUUGCCGGGAGAGUCCCUUAGAGGUGUACAAUAAACAGUGGGCAGUUUUCUUCCCUGAGAAGCUGGCCCUGGUGGCUACUUAGGCUGCUUCUGAGCUCCGGCUGCUCCCUGAGCUCCUGCAGCCUCCUUGCUGCUGCAUUUCCCUGUAGGCAUUGUUGGGCCUCCAAGGGCCUUUUACUCUGCUCCUUCUCUAGCUACUGUGGAAUGAGGUGAUGUAGUGGAAGCAUGAAAGGACAAAGUGGGCAUGGCUGUAAGUUGACAGCAAUAGUUGGAGAAGGCUUUCUUUAUCUGUUUCCUUGAAGUAAGUGUUGGCACCUUUUCAGUCUACUCUAGGUUAUAGAAUUUGGUCUCCCCAUCUUUGUGCUGCAGUGAGCUAAAUCCACUCAUGAAUUCUCCAACAGUAUGAGCCUUUGGGCAGAGAGGAGGGAAAAAAUUUUAGAAGAGUCAUCUACCUGCAGUUAACCUUUCAAGAGCUGCGGGGCGCAGGAUGGUGGCAGGAGGUGCUUUCAGCUGACAAACAAUAGAAGAGUUACCUGCAGUGAUCUUCGGCAGUGCGACAUUUGUGUGGCUGUCCGGACAGCUUCCCUGGUGGAACUGGUGUAUUUUUUCUUUUGUAUUUUUACGUGUGAAGGAGUCUCCUGGGCAGACUUCUUGCAAGGUCCAGUGGUGGUAGAAAUAGUAACUGAAGGAAUAGUUUGGGGCUAGUGCGCUGGCCAGAUCUUUAAGUCUUUUUCACCUUCUGGUCACAAGGUCUUUCUGAUGUUUUGGGUAACAUUUAAUGAUGGGGAUUUGUGGGCUACAUCUUGUACCUCCUUUAUUUCCUUCCACUCUACAUUCUUCAUCUUUCUUGCUUCUAUUUUCCCAUUCUCAGACACUUCUCCAAUGUAAAUUAUGCCAGCUGGUAAGUCUUCCGUGGUUCUGAGCGAAUGUGACUGCAAAAUGAAAAGGAGGAGAGAUUCCUGCAAUUCAAAACAGUUUGGAUGCUAGAAUGACAGUGCAAUAGAUCAAAGUAUUUCUCAGAUCAGUGAGUAGGGAGAUGUUUCACAGCAUGCUAAUAUGUCAUGAACUAGAUGCUGAGGGUACAACAUUGAUCACAGGAGUGCACACGCUAGCAAUGAAUAUACAGGCAUUUUUAGCAAGAAUUUACCUUCUCAGAAGUUCCUCUUCUUUUGAGAUGUGUAUCAGUAGAAAGUCACAAAUUAGUAUCUAAAUUACUCUUUCUUAAUAUGCUCAAGCCCAAAUAAAUGUAAGGAGGGUUGGUGACAAAAAUCUGUAUUGGUGUUCACUAAACUUGGGACUUAAGGAGAGGUCUGGUCAUAAGAGACCAGUUAACUUAUCAGUUAAGGUUUCAGUCUUGUCUUUAAAACGAGCACUACUGUUGGAAAGAAAAGUUUCAGGAGGAGAAGGAGUUAGAAAAGAUGCGUCUUAAAACAAUUUUCUCACUCGUGACUUCAGCCUAUUUUUAAAAAAAAACCCCAAAAAUUAGUGACUAUUUUCCCUUUGCUGUGCUGGUACUUCUUAAGGUGGUUCUUUGCUUUCCCGUUUUACUCUGCUCCUUCUCUAGCUACUGUGGAAUGAGGUGAUGUAGUGGAAGCAUGAAAGGACAAAGUGGGCAUGGCUGUAAGUUGACAGCAAUAGUUGGGAGAAGGCUUUCUUUAUCUGUUUCCUUGAAGUAAGUGUUGGCACCUUUUCAGUCUACUCUAGGUUAUAGAAUUUGGUCUGGAAGUGAGUAGGAUGAAACUUCAGCUUUUGCCCAUAAAACUGUACUUAACUUGCUGUAGAAAAAUGCAUUCUACCUACUCUUCCUCUUGCUAGUCCCCCAAACACAGACACAGUGAGAUGUCCAGAGUUACCAGUGUGUUGAGCACGUAGGCAUGUUGAACUUGGUCCGGUAAUGCUAAUGUUUAACCUGCUUUCUGUUGUUGUCAGCUGGUGCCCAUGGAGAUGAACUCUGGAUAGGUAAUGUUCCCAGAUAUCCUCUGGAAAACUUUAACUUUGGUGCAGAUUGCUCUGAUGUAGCUAACUGCGAUGGCAUUGGCUUCUACCUUGGAGUGGACUGAUUUACCCUGAAAUGACUCUCUAACCUGCAUCUUAAACAGUGUAGUUGGUUCUGGUGCAAAUAGAUUCAUUCUGAAGUGAUAGACAUUUUGAUUCUCAUGCAAAAUAGCUACAUCCUACCAGAAGGGGUUGAACCAGUUUCUCUGAACAGUGAUGAACUUCACUGUACAGUUUUGGGUAUGUCUCAGGGAUUCCUUGUGGAAAUAAGGGCAGUUAACAAAAAAAAAAAAAAGAAAAAAAAAAAAAAGAAAAAAAAAACCAGGAAAAAAGAGAAAAAAGUAAAUAGUUUUAAAAGUAAAUAAUAAUUUAAGGUAGAGCGUCACCCAAGUGAGAGUGCAAGAAGGAGAAAUCUUUGUUCAGUUUUAUAGUCAACGGUGUCUGGCUUACGGACUCUUUCUCUUCUCGGGGCUCUCAUCUCAAGUUCAACAUACAGAAUCUUUUUCAUCACGCUCAGCUUUAAACUUUUUAUUUAAAGAUACCCUUCCCCAAUGAGCUUUCAGAAUACUUAUUGUAGAUUUUAAGAGAAAUGGUAUAUUAAUUUAUGCUAUUAACAUCACCUCAUAAAUUAUAAGUUUUAUACUAAAGCUGUAUUGAGUGUAAUGAAUUAUGUUGCAUAUGUGUUUUUAAUAGCUAUAAAAUUAUAUACAAGCUUUUUUGGAAAAACAAACUAGUGAAGCACCUUUUUACACUGGAUCUUUGCCGUGUCAAGGUGUACAGCUAUUCUUUGCUACCUUGCAGAUAUCUAUAUCUAUAUAUAGAUAUAUAUAUAUAAAUAAAAUAAAAUGGUAUCCUGUAUCAACAAGUAUAGAACUCUUUUUAACCCUUAUAUUACUGUUCCUAUAACUCUUUUUAAAUUUUGAGUGUUACAUUCUGCAAUAAUUUAUCCGUGGUUUGUACCUAUGAUUAGAAAUUUAGUUACAGGGUAAAUAGAUCAAAUUUAAAAAUCCAACUACUGUAGCUGGGAGUUGUGAACCAAGUUUGUAAGACCUUUUCUUUUUUUAAAUGUAUUUAUUUCCAGUUAGCUCUGUGAGUUGGAAUUUGAAAAGUUGGAACAUUAGGAAUCUGCAGUGUCUUAUUCAGGAAUUUUCCCCUCCUUUCCUCACAAAGGAAUUCCCACUGUGACUUAUAAAUAGAAUUAGACUGCUUGUGUGCAUGUAUGUAUUAUAUAUACACACAAAAAAUAUGCAUUGGGGGGGGAUGUAUGUGUGAUACGAAUGUGUAUAUUGUAUGUAGGUCAUAGUUUUGUAAAGAGAAAAGUAGUCAAGAGGUGAUGGAAUGUAUUGUAGAAAUGUGAUUAUUUAGUAGGGGGUUGUUAUGUCCUCACUGUUGUAUAAAUAACUGAAACUCUCUACUAUAUAAUCUUCUGUUAUAAGGCUAACUCUGAUAUCAUGUCAAUUUUACUGUUUUUCAAAUGAGUUGCUUUGAGCCCUGUUUAAAAUGCCAUGAAAAUACCAAGCUCCCAAAGACAGCCUUUAAAUAAAACAAAUCGGGGAGGAGGAGCGAUGGAAGAAAUGAGUUUUUUCAGGAGAAACUGAAUGGGGGGUUUGCAUUCAGUGGGAUGGAGAGGCAUGAGAAUUGCUGUAUCUUUGCAGAUUAAUACCCUAAUCUCCUAUGGUCUGACUUGGAAAAUGUUGUCAAUCUGUGUACUUGGGUUUUCCAAUUAGAUUUUAAGGGGUACUGUUUGUGGAGUGGUCUCCAUUCCAUAAAGGGAUCUUGUCUUCAAAGUAGAUUUUUUUUCUCUUCUGAGGAUCUUUGUGUGUAUCAAUUUUGCCACAAAAUUGCUGUUGUGGGAUUGCAGAACAAAACACGCAUUCAGUCAAGGGAGUUUCACGUAGGCUGUGAAAUUCUGAAUUUGAUUGUGACCACUUACCUUUUUUUCAUAAUUGGAGAAGGAAGAUUUCUUUACAGGAGCUCUCACUUGAAAUUGUGAGAAGUCAGAAACAUGCUUGUGGAUUGGCUCACUCUUCAGACUGUUCUGUUUAGGCUGGAGAAAGUAACCUAAUUGUUAUUUAUUCAUACAGUAUCACUUUUAAGUAUGAUGAUCCUUGUGACUUUAAAAACCUUUUUAGAAAAACAGAGCUUCCAGUAUUGAACAGAAAUUUGAAAUUCUUUUAGAAUUUUUUUUUUUUAAAUUCCCCUCCAUGUCAUUAUGUUGAUACUCCCCCCAGGCAUCCCCCCCCUUUCCUUCUCUCCACAAUUUGUUUCUGGCACAUAUGCAUACAGGCAAAAGGGUAGGGAGGUAGAAGUUGUCAGAGGCCUUUUCUUCUGCUUAUUUGGUGGUAAUGGGAAUUAGGAGCAUAAAUCUUUAUGGCUUUAUGGAGGAGAAUAGACCCAUUUUUAUGUAUACCUGUACAGAGAGAUAUAUCUGUAUAUGAGAUAAUGGUAGCAUUUUGCUGAAUGUGGACUUGCCCUCAUGAUGUACAAUAAAUAUGUAUGAAUACAAUCAAUCUAAAUCUAUAUAUACAUGCAUACAGAUUUAUAGAUGGAAUAUACCUUGUAUCACACACCUGUACAUUAGCUGUAACAUGAGUAAGUGUGUGAGCUAGAGAGGGACUGUCCACAUAACAUAUGUGUAACAGGUAAGCACUUGUGCCAGACAAGUUGUUUUAAAUUCUUCUGAGGGGUCUGGACGACUCGGAGACUGAUCUGAGCUUGGUCACCAUUGGUUUGUUACCUCAGCCCUCACAGUGGAGUUUCGUUGCUAUGUCUCUGCUUUUGUUUUAUAUUUAGUCUCAUUGAGGCCUCUUUCAAUGCCAACUUCUUGUGCUUCUCUGCUCCAUUGCCUCCAUUCCAGCUCCUCCUUGUCCCUGCAUCUCUGCAGUUUCUCUUGCUAGCAGCAAUCAGCUUUAAUGGCCCAAUCCAGCUCUGCUUAUGCAUUAGGGAAAUUCUCUCGGUGACUGGAGUGGUAGCUGAAUUGGGCCCUGAGCACCUGCUUGAAUUUAUGCAAACUUCCCCAGCUUCAAUUGUGAUUCAGUAGGACUGUGACUGAUUUGCAGAUGAAUACAAACUUUUCAUGGAACCUGAUGCAAAGCUUCCUAGCAUAUUAAAAGGUUAACCCAGCAUCAUAUUUAAGUGGUCAAAAUGAGAAAAUUGCACCAAAUAUUACCUUCCAAUUUUCAACGCUAGGGACAGAAAAGAAGUUUGGUUUGUGUUUCCCGUAACACAGGCAGUAAGCAGAACGCAGCCCUGUGCUCUGUUCUGAGCAAUGGGGUUGUCAUCAAACAUAUCAAAAGAAACACAGUUUGUUACACUUUACCAUAAAACAGAUUUUAAAAUGGAGUGCAGAAUUGAUCAUUAACAUGCUAGCACUUUGCAUCUAAUUGUGUAUUGGGUGAUCUUGCUUAUGCAAGUAAAUUGUGGGCUUAAUUGUUUUAUUUUCUGUUUUCUGGCUAAAUGGAGCUUCUAUAUCCUUUUAGCAGAAUGCAGCUGUCAGCAACCUGCUCAGUCACACUGAAGUGCUGUGUAACUUAGGCUUCAGUUUCAGAGGAGAAUGCUGCUCCAGUUCUGUCAUUGAGCCAUACUGGAUUCCAUGUUUUCAAUAUGGCUAUGACACAACUUUUCUUGGCCACAAUUCAGCCAUGGAAUUUUGUCUUCCUUGCAUUUCUGUUAGAAAAAGGUAACUGGUGUACCGUUCCAUCGGCGCUUUCAUGCAAUCACACACGAUUUCUAUGAUACAUGUGUUGGGGCGUGUGUAUGGGUAUGUCUGUGUACUGCCUGUGUGUCAUAUAGAUUGAUAUGCACACACCUAUUAUGCUGUUUCAGUUUAUGUAUGUGGAGAAUGUACCUGUUGGUUAUCUCCUGAUAUAUACUCAUGCAUACAUAUAUUAAAUAUGUAUAUAGAGUGUAGAUGUCCUGCAUAUACAUGUGUAUAUGUUACGAACCUUGGUUGGCAAUUUUUUUCCACACUUUUUUUUGCAAAUUGCUGUCCCUUACUACUUAUUUUCACUGAAGCUGCAUUAUAUAGAAGAAAUGGAGAAAUGUGUUAUCAAAGUUUUAUUUUAAAAAGGAGACUUUUAAUUAUCUAAAGCCAUUUGUGAUUGUCUUUUGAAUUUUUACUAGAAGGGUUGUUAUUUUAAAAAAGAAAAGAAACAAAAGGAAACAAUAAAACAAAAGCAAGCAGACAAGCCCUUAUUUCCACCAUUGUUUAGGUGAAAGAAAUGGAAACACAAGUUUCUAAGUAUUUAUUUCUUUCAGGUGUUUCUGAGGCAUACAGUAAUUGCAUUCUGCCCCAUCCCCUUUUGUCCAAUUAUAAUUAAUGAUUCAUGAUUUUCUUUUUCCCUCAUUACUUUUGUAAAUCAUUGUUCACCUCCUACAUUCAAUAGUACUGAUAUCACUAAGGAGAUUUCAUGUCCUUCUGUCCUUUUUAGGAGAAAUACCAGUGCAUCACUAUUGUGUUUCAUUUUAACAUACUUUGUGGAGGAUGGAUGUUUUUAUUGAAGAUGUCUGUAACCCGUCUAACUUAUUUAAUGUGAGGAGCCUUCAUUGGAAUCUAUCGUCUGUUUGUUUCCAACAAGUUCAAGUUUCUGCAAUUGUUUUUUCACCAACACGUUAAAUAAUUCCCUUCUUAUUUUAUGCCUGAGGUUUUAAAAUUCGGGUUUAUUGUUGUGGAUUUGUUUUUUGGGUUUUUUUCCCUCCAAUUCCCAAAAAUGUUUAUGUGCAAGUGGAGCAAAACAGAUGUCAGAAGCUCAACCAAUAUCCUUUUUGCAGUUAAGGGUAAAUAUAUUUAUCCUAGACUUAAUAAAAGAAGGUGGCAAAUGGACAAUCUGAAGUGCUUAGAGGGAAUGCUCUCUCUUUUUAAGGCUGUCUCCGAGAAGUUUGUGUUUGGUGUCAUUUUAAAGGUAGCUUGAUCAUGCUUUGAUAUCAGAAACAGCCUUGUAACAAAGAGCCUCAUACAGUUGUUCGGUCACUAGAGUUUAAAAUGUAAACAAGUUGCAGUGGGAAAGCAAAGGUGAGGCAGUGUAUUUUGAACCAGUGAAUUGUAGCUUGCAAACGUACCUGAUUUUGAAGUAACUGCAUGGUAGCAAGGAUUAGCAGUCUCUUACACCCCUUCCUUCCUCCCUCUCAUCCCUGACACAUGUGUUCAGCAUACCAUACAUUGGGAAAAUAAGCAACUUCCUCCAGCAACGCUAAUCCACUUAAUGACUGCUUAAAGGGAACAUACAAACGGGCACUGCCGCGUCCCGUCUCAUGGUAUUAGCUGGAAGACUGGCUAAUACGCACAAACAGCCCAGCCCAGGUUGCUUCUGUGGACGUGUCGCUUUUGGAGAGUGGUGCAUGGAGGUGCCCAAGAAGAAGGGUCCCUUCCUUCAGGGUCCCUGGCAGCAAUGGCAACUCGCACCGCUGCUUCUAGUGCUGGAGGCUCACGGACAGCAUUCCAGGGGCGGGGAGGAAAGCUUGUGUUUGUACUUUCCCUUUAAAUAGGAAAGGUUGGCUGACAUGUUCCUCAUACUUCUCAAUGAAUGUACUGUAUUACCAUUUUAAAAAAAAAUCAAUUAAAUGAUAAUAGAUUGGUCUCCUUUUGUUAUCUGGUCCUUGUUUAAUUUGUUUAAGGGUUUUUGUAUACAAAAGUUUACAUUUUUAUGUAUAUUUUUCUUGUGUAAAAACUGAUGUAAUAUGUGUAUAAAACACUGUAUGUAUUAUCUGUAUAUAGUGUGACAAAAUGAUUUUCUUUCUUUCUUUUGGAUGUAUUAAUAAAUCUUGCUGUGAAGUAGCUGUGUUUAUUAUGAUGAAACCCUCUUCUGCAAGCCAUUUUGCCAAGUCCAAGAUGUAUGGAUAUUGCCCAGGAUGAAAUCUACUCCAUAAAGUGAUUUUUUUUUUCAUUUAAAACAUAUCGUAAGUACAGUUAUUAAACUGUCCUUAGCUUAGAUUGCUGUAGAGUCUGAGUUGGCUCUUGCUUAUUCUCUGUUGCUUUCUAAUGACAUUAGCUAAUUAGUUUUGCAAACAACCCCGGGGUCUUCAGUCUCAGUCCUGAUUCUAAUUAAAGUGCUUUCUAGCUCUGGAUCACUGGUCUGGAGACCAGAUCCUCUUCAUCCUGUUUUCUGGUUUGAGGAAGUAUCAUUUAAGGGGUAUAGAAUAGAAUUUUCUCAUGUAUGUUGUUAUGUUUUCUGAGAUUUAAAAAAUACAUACCUGCUUCAUCAACAAAACUG